AUGAUGUCCUGGGCCCAACGCAAGUUGGCUGAUGUCGCCGGCACCCGUGAACCCAUAUACGGCACCGACGCGAUCCAAUCGGUCGAGAGACAAACGGCAGAAACACCCUACACCGAGAUCCAGAGAGAAGGGUUCGCCUGGGCCGCUAUGAACGUAACGUCCGUAGAGACCGAGGUUUUCUAUCUGCAGGCAAAGACGGGGCAGACUGCAUUUGUGCAGGUGAUUCACAGCAACGUCGGUGGACUCCGAACAACCUCCCAAUUCAACUGCAAAAUAUACUACCCGAAGAAGGACAAUAAGCCCAGCUUGUGGUCCUCUGAUCAACUCAAUGACGUCGACUUCAGUGAUGACAUGAACAGUUUCUACGCGCAGAAUCUGGCCGUUGAGCUCUCUGAAGACGGCAAUACAUACACAAUUAAGUCUCUGACGAACGAAGCCUCUGUUGUCAACCUCACUGUUACCCGGAAAGCUCCCGGCAUCCACGUUGGGAAGGAUGGUACCUCGUACUUUGGGACAGAUCCCAAAGCACCGUGGGGGAAAAUAAGACACGCCUUCUGGCCAAGUGCUAUUGGCUCGGGAACAAUCACGACUGCGGACGGGCCUAUCGAUUUCACGGGCAACGCAAUUUUCAUCCAUGCUCUGCAAGGUAUGAAACCUCAUCACGCUGGUGCGAGGUGGAAAUUCUGCCACUUUCAAAGCGAAAACUACUCGGCCAUCAUGAUGGAAUUCAUUACUCCCGCUUCGUACGGAAACACGCCUGUUACCGUGGGUGUAAUCGCCAAAGGUAGCGAGAUUGUGAUUGCUGGAUCGUCUGGUAAAGCUACUUGGACCAAGGUCAAGGCCGACACGGUGAGCGGGUGGUCACCUCCAGAGGCUGCAAAGGUCGAGUGGAGCGGCAAGACAAAGGAUGGGAAGGAUGUAACCGCAGUCAUUGAUACCCCCCUCUCCGACCACUUUGACCGAAUCGACAUUAUGGCGGAAGUCCCAGGUUUUGUCAAGACGAUUGUAGCGGGAGCCGCCGGAACAAGACCAUACAUUUACCAGUACCCGAAUACCCCCACUUCCCUGAAGAUCAAGGUUGGAAACGACGAGAUCAACGAGCAAGGAACGCUGUACACGGAGGCAACCUUCAUAUCAGAAUGA